AGGUUUCACCCUUACCAACUUUUGAGGAGUCCAGUAUUAUCCCUCCUAGUUCCCCAGCCACAGGAACACCACUCUUGACUUAUCAUCGUCGUUCGCGCCCUACAUCAGGCCCAUCUGGUUCUCGUCCUGCACCUGACACGGCUCCUACUGCGGAUCCUGCUCCUAGUACACCGAUUGCACUUCGAAAGUCAUCAUUGCAGGUAGAUUUGGUAAAGAGACAUUGUUUUCCUGUUUACUGGACCGGAGAAAACCGUCGUGUCUUAAGAGGUCACUGGUUUGCUCGUAAAGGGGGUUUGGAUUGGCUUCCGCUGCGUGAAGAUGUUGCUGAACAGUUGGAGUUUGCAUAUCGCAGUAAGGUUUGGCAUAGAAGAAGCUUUCAGCCAUCAGGGCUCUAUGCAGCUCGGAUCGAUAUGCAGGGCUUCAGCCCAGGACUGCAUGCUAUUUUCACUGGAGAAGAUGAUACUUGGGAAGCCUGGCUAAAUGCUGAUGCGUCUGGUUUCUCUAGUGCUAUGGGAUUUGGGGGGAAUGGCGUUAAGUUAAGGCGUGGAUAUGCUACUCCUCAGUCAUCGAAACCAACACAGGACGAAUUACGUCAACAAAAGGAGGAAGAAAUGGAUGAUUACUGCUCACAGGUCCCUGUUCGACAUCUGGUGUUCAUGGUUCAUGGUAUUGGUCAAAGGUUGGAAAAAUCAAAUCUUGUGGAUGAUGUUAGUGACUUUCGUCAUAUCACGUCAAUCCUUGCUGAACGACAUUUAACCUCGUACCAACGUGGCACUCAGAGAGUCCUCUUUAUCCCAUGCCAGUGGAGAAAGGGCUUAAAGCUUAGUGGUGAGACCACAGUUGAAAAAAUUACUCUAGAUGGUGUGCGGGGAUUGCGUGAGGUGUUGAGUGCAACAGUGCAUGAUGUGCUGUAUUACAUGAGCCCCAUUUACUGCCAGGCGAUUAUUGACUCGGUCUCCAACCAAUUGAAUAAGUUAUACUUAAAGUUUCUUAAGAGGAAUCCCGGUUAUAGCGGAAAGAUUUCCUUAUAUGGUCAUUCCCUUGGGAGUGUCUUGUCAUAUGAUAUCCUAUGCCACCAAAUAAAACUUUCCUCCCCUUUUCCCAUGGAGUGGUUGUACAAAGAACAAAAUGAGAAUAAAUCAUCUCAGCCGGAUCAGAGCAACCUAUCUUUCGACCACAACUCUGCCUCCAGUUUAGAUGAUGAAAGCUUUACUAGGGGAGAAAAUAAGAGUAAUCUGUCAGAUAAAGACAAAAUGAAGGCAGAACCUAGUUCCUCAGACCCCCUGGAAGCUUGCACAGAGGAUUUCUGUCAUCCAGUGGGUCCUCCUGCUUCAUCAGACUCAGACGAACCAGUUGCAACCGAUGAUUUCAAGCAAUCUAAUGAUUCCUCAGCGACUGAAAAUUAUCGUGAGCCUCCUAUUGAUUGGACACAUAAUAUCUAUGAGAGGGACACGAUAAUUGAUGCCGAGAAAAUGGAAGAUGCAAUAGUUGAGUUUGAUCAAAAGACAAUUGAUGAGGGAGCAUCUGAAAGUGACAAAGAUAGAACAAUCAAUUCACUGAGGGAAGAGAUUGAUAUGCUGAGAGCGAAAAUCCAAGAGUUAGAAUCUGAGUAUGUAAAGAAAGAAAAUGGAGGAACAAACACAGUUACAAGAAAUCAAUCUACUUCUGAAAGGCUUUCUCACGAGGAGAGUGAUUCACCGAAGAGUUAUACUCCACAAAUAAGAUACACAAAGUUGAAAUUUAAGGUCGAUACAUAUUUCGCUGUUGGAUCCCCUCUUGGUGUAUUUCUUUCUCUUCGCAAUGCUCGUAUUGGGAUCGGCAAGGGGAAAGAUUACUGGGAAGAGGAUAACAUACUCGAAGAGAUGCCAGCUUGUCGACAAAUGUUCAACAUUUUCCACCCUUGUGAUCCCGUGGCAUACAGAUUAGAACCACUUGUCUGUAAAGAAUAUCUCAACAAACGCCCCGUCAUAAUACCCUACCACAGAGGCGGGAAACGACUGCAUAUUGGUUUUCAGGAAUUUAAAGAAGAAGUAGCUUUGCGUUCACAGGCUUUUGCAAACAAUAUAAAUUCUGUAAAGGUAAAGGUGAUUACUCUUUGUCAAUCAAGAUACAACAAUGGCGAAGAUGAGGAGUCCCAAGAGUACCAGGAGAAAGAAGAGAGGUCGUAUGGUUCAAUUAUGAUGGAGAGAUUAACUGGAAGUGCAGAUGGUCGAAUAGAUCAUGUUUUACAAGAUAAAACAUUUCGGCAUGCAUACAUUUCAACCCUUGGAGCGCACACGAACUACUGGAGAGAUAAUGAUACAGCUCUUUUUAUUCUGAAACACUUGUAUCGGGAUAUACCAGAGGAUUCCUACUCGUCCCGUGAACCUUUGGAGGGAAAGUCAAAAGAUAAUAGUAAUACAGGGGCCUGGUGUGAUCAAAGAGAGGAGGCUGACGAGGAACUUCCAUUAACAUUUGCAGACAAAGUCACUGUAAAGAGCUUCUCUCACAAAGCCCGAAAAACUCUGAAGUGGUGAAUGAUGCUGAUCUCCUAACCAAUUCUGGAUUUGCUUCAACACCAACCGGUAAAAGCACAAAUUUUUUCCAUACCAGAGCUCAAACAAGGAGUGUUGAAGGUAUACUUACCAUGUACUAUGCUCAAAGUAUCCUCUUGGGAUCAUUUCUGAACCAUGUUCUGGAGAAUAUAUUACACUGGUUUCAGAAUUUGAUGUGAACCGAGGCAUUUCUCCACAUCCGCGAUGUUCAACUCUAGUAUCAGACUGAUCUCCAUCUUAAACGGAAAAUGAGGAACAUAAGCAAGGUCCUCCAGUAUAUACGGUGAAAGGGGAUAUGCAUAGCGACUUGAGCCAUUUGUGAAUACUUGUUUUUAGUUGUAGAUUUCUGGCAUUGACAUGUAAAUAUAUGUGGCUCUCAGAAAGUUCUAAUGUGCCACUUAAUUUAUAUUUUAUUGUCAUUUCUUCGUUGGACAUUUCCCCAGUUCUUUUUUAAAUCCUCCAUUAUCCGUAUCAGAGAUGGCUGGAGCAUGGGUUCAAUGUGUUGUUUUAGGCACAGAGUAAAUAUUAAACACUAAACUUAUAAUUU